AUGCCCGUCUCCGGAUCUCUGAGCAACGUGGACUGGGAACCAAGCUUCUCCACGAUUGCUGUUCACGGCGGCCCAGAGCCCGACCCAGUAUUACCCUUUGGAUGUCACGCCCGCUCCACCCUCGAAAAAGUAAACACCUUUGGCCUAGUCUACACCCUCCACGGCUCCGACCCCUCCCUCAAACCCAUCCUUCUCGCAGCCCACCAAGACGUCGUCCCCGUCGCCGACGCCGCAACCUGGACCUACCCGCCCUUCUCCGCCCACUACGACGGCGAAUGGAUGUGGGGCCGCGGCGUAUCCGACGACAAGAACUCCUUCACCGCCCUCCUCUCCGCCCUCGAGACCCUGCUAUCAAUCCCCGGCGGAGGACUCAGCGGCGGCAGCGGCGGCGGUGACGACAACAGCUACGCCUGGACCCCAACCCGCACCAUCAUCCUCGCCUCGGGCUUCGACGAAGAGUGCUCCGGCGCAAAGGGCGCCGGCCACAUCGCGACGCACCUCCAGCACACAUGGGGCAACGACAGCAUGGCCCUCGUCCUCGACGAAGGCGGCAUGGGCCUCCAACAACUCGACGACGCGACCCUCUACGCCCUCCCCGCCGUCAUGGAAAAGGGCCACGUCGACAUCUGGCUCAACCUCCACCUCACAGGCGGCCACUCCUCCGUGCCCUUCCCCCACACCGGCAUCGGCAUCGUCUCCGAAAUGGUCGUCGCCCUCGAAGCAAACCCCUACACCCCUCUACUCACCACCGCGUCGCCCCUGUACGAGCACAUUGUCUGCCAAGCGCGCUACUCCCCCCGCGCGCAACCCAAAAUCACCCAGCUCCUCGAGGAGGGCGACCUCGACGCCCUCGCCGCCGAACUCGUCUCCCUCGACAGGCCCACGCACUACCGCCUCCAGACCUCGCAGAGCGUGGACUACUUCCAGGCCGGACAAAAGAUCAACGCCAUGCCCGAGAAGAUCAAAGUCGGCGUAAACUACCGCGUCGCGCCGCAGAACAGCAUCCCCGAGAUCCAGCACAACGUCGUAAAGUACAUUAGCGGCAUCGCCGGCAAGUACGGCAUCAAGAUCAAGGCGUUUGAGGGCGACGACGAGUACGAAAAGUACGCCGCGCUACAAGAAAAGAAAUUUGCGUCGGUGGAGGAGACGCUCGAGGAUGCCGUGAAGCCUCUGUAUGACGUCGACUACAACGGCACGCUCUUCCUCAGCCGCACCCAAGCGACGCUGCCUGCUCCCAUCUCGCCUACAAAGGGCCCGGUCUGGGAUCUCUUCUCGGGAACGUUGCAAUCCAGUUUCCAGUUUGACGGUGGCAAAGUCGUUCCCGUGGGCGAGCUGAUGACGGGAAACACCGACACGAGGCACUACCUGAGUCUUACACGUAACGUCUACCGUUUCGUGCCCAUCCGCAACGGUUACACAAUCAACGCCCACACCAUCGAUGAGAGGAUCAAGUUCAGCGCGCACAUGGAGAUUUUGAGAUUCUACUACGACUUGAUCCGCAACUUUGACGCCGCAGACCUCUAA